AUGGAUCGGAGCUCAUCGUCCACCGAUGCAUAUGUGAUAGUUAAAUUUGGGCCGGAGUAUCAAUUCAGAACACCUGUUUGUAGGAAAACUUUAAAUCCUACUUGGAAUAUUGAUGCUUGGAGAUUUGAAGUACCAAAUAACGAUUACUUACAAGAAAAUGUGAUACAAUUUAAAGUUAUUGAUUAUGAUGUUGUAACACAAGAUGAUGUGAUCGGAACAGUAAUUGUAGAUACUAAUUUAUUAGCGCUAAACCAAGUUACUCAGUGCAGUGGAUGGCUCCCAAUUUUUGAUUCAAUUAGAGGCGUUUGUGGCGAGCUGAAUGUAAAUAUUAAGAUUGAUUUUAUUCAAAAUAUCAAUCCAUAUAGAGAUAGCUCGCCUGAGGUGCAGUUUUUCUCUUGCCCAAGUAUUUAUCCUCUUAUGGAAUACACUCAAUACUCUUUGAGGAUAGGAGAUCUCGUAGAAGAGCUUCUCAUUGACGAUGACCCUGAAUAUGACUCAUGGAAAGACCUUAUAAGAAGCAGUAGAACAUCAAAUGACGAGAGACAGUUAUUAUUAUAUGAGUUAUCUGGAAGAUUAAAAAGAAGAAUUGGAAAAAAGGUUUUUGAAGCAGGAGACAAUAUUGUAAUUGGAUACGAAGAGUGUUUUGAUUUGGAAGAUGAUAACAUUAUUGUACGAGGUUUAGGAACAAGAUGUAAAUUGAGCUCAAUUAGAUCAUCUGUUUCUCCAGCACACAACACUGAAAAAGCGUUAAUUCCUCUACAACUUGCAUCAGAGCCCGCGAUAACCUUAUCCAGCAUAACUCCUCCAAUGAAUAUAAUUCCUCUACUUGAGUUCCAUGCAUCUCCUACAGGAAACGCCCUUGCAAAUAUAGAAUCUCCAACUGGAGCUGGUUUCAAUACACCACAAAGUGAUGUUAAAUUACUUACAAUCAAAUCACUUGAUUCUCAACAUAUCAUAUAUUUAGCAGGAAUUGUUCAAGCAAGAUCUGUAAAAUUAGUGACAACAGAGACAAUGAAAUUAAGUGACAUGCAAAAGGAAAGAGAUAGCUGGUGGAAUGAGUUGCGUACUGAAAUAAGAGAAAAUGCAAAAUCACUUGGAUGCUCUCACGUGAUUGGAUAUUCAGAAAGUUAUGAAAUAUUUAUUCGUGGAUCUGUUUGUAUUUUGUGCGCACAAGGUACAGCUGCUAUUCUUAAUCCACAAUAUGAUAUUUGUAACAUUCGUAAUCUGUCUGAUGAUCUUCAUGAAGAGAAUAUCUCUGAGAAGGUGUCUGAAGAAAAGUAUUGCUCCAUUUUCCAUCUUCCAAGAAAUAGCCCUUUCUAUAGAGCUGGUGCAUCGAAAUGCCCACUUCAUGCAGAUGGCUAUGUUCCAAACUUAUUCCUCUCCACAUGUGAGAUGCCUUCAAUAGUUGAACAAAGAGUGCUUAAUCAACCGAAACAUUACAUAGAGGCACGAAUUUGUAGAUCGAAGAAGAAAGAAUUCGGAGAAAGCAAUGCCACUGUUGUUAGCAACAUUCUUCCUUUUGCAGUUCAUGAUUUGCACAAACAAUUUAUGAACAAGAUGAAGCUUUGCAAUUGCAAUUCAGCAUUUUGUGUGACCUAUGGACUCACAAUUAAUGACAACUUUAUUGUGCUGACUUGUAAGGGAACUGGAGUGUAUCUUGAUGCUCUUCCUAGAAAUGCCAAGAUGGACUUUAUAUUGCCUGACGAAAAAGAUAACACAGAACAGUUAAAAUUGCUUAAAGAGUAUAGUGAUUAUUACUCUGCUGAACUGGAUGCUUCUAUUGUUGAAGAACCCCAUUUGAUACGAGAGCUUCAAGAUGAGGAACGACAAGUCGACUCUCCAAGAUUUAAAGACACUUUGGACAAUAGCUCAUAUACUUCCUCUGAUAACGAGGAUGUUAUUGGAGAAAUGGGAAGUGCAGGAUUUGCACUUGAAUUAGAGGAUGAACAGGAUGAGGAUUUCAUAAAUUCCAUUCUCGAACCAAAAGUCCUUCCCCUUUCCAAAACAACGCACAAUGUGAAACAGCAGCAACAGUACAUUGCAUCACUAUUCAGAGAAUUAUACAUUACACUUUCCUUCAAAUUAUUACUGUUUGCUAAUCAAGAGCUCAAUCAACGUGUUUAUGUGAUGGGAAUGUCAGAAAAGAUUAGAUUUAACAACGCCAAUGAUUUCACAAUCACUUUGCAAGCAAUGCCUGUGCUUGUUUCAUCGAAGCCUAGUACGCUGAGUCAUUUAGAUCAACUUAAAUCGAACUUGCCAAAAUUAUUUCCUUCAUUUCCAUAUCCUCAUGAUAUUGGUGGAUCAAGUGAUCAGCUUUCGAACAGUCCAAGAAAAGGUAAUCAACAAUCUCCUCUCAACAAAAAUCUUCCAAUUAGUACUGACGAUAUGUUGUUUAACAUGGAUAUGGAUCAAAAAGAGGAUACUAUUACUUCUUCAGAAGAAUUGAAAAACAUUAGGGAUAUUGUCAUUGCUCAAGAGAAUGAUAUUGACAAGGAGUGGCUUGAGGAAAGUUAUGUUGUCACGUCACCAAUGUAUUUCAUUCCUGGAGCAAAGAUUGAAAAGUUAGUCGGCAAAAUUAAUCACCAUCUUGUCAGAGAGUCUAACAAUGUGAUGGACUUUGCUUCUUUCCAACAAGAGUGCAUUAUGGAAGCAACAUCAAUUGUGCGAGCUCAUACUAGAGCAAUCGACUGUAAUGCUCUACUCAAUUAUUGUGUCAAAUUCCAUGCAGUACUCGAUAAUCCGUCUAAAAAGCAAGCGUAUAUAAUGCUCACAGUGUCAGGAGAUGCUUGUAGGGUGUCAUAUUCCCCCAACUCCUCUGCAGGUAUUCAUAGAUUGAUAGAACUCUCAUGCUCAAAAUGA